ACUUAUCGACCAACUUGCUGUUAAUCACACGUUGUUGUUGGCUUCUUGCCGCCUUUUUUUUCUCCCCAAGUGUUAACAAUCGAUUGCCUGUCUGUCUGCAAUCUCUCUUUUAUAACCAUGCCUAACAUUUAAAAAACAUUAAGAAGAAGAAGAACCCACCACCAUUUUAUUUUCCUGCUCCAUUCAAUUAAGAUAAUCAGGUUGUAUGUGAAGUUGAGAUACUGGAAAAUGGCAGAAGCUGCUCGUCUAAUAUGUUUUUCCCAUGGUAAAAGUGUUAAUGUUCCAUGUAGAACAUCCGGAUUUACUCGUAAAGAGAGGUUUCACCGGAGACUAGUAGCUCAUUUUCAUGGCAUGAUGCUACUGAAACUUCAAUCUAGUUGCAGAAACUCAAGGUAUUCUCAGUUAAUUAAGCCGAAUAUGAAUUAUUCUGCAUCGAAGUUAAGAUGUUCACAUCAGCUUUCAAGAAGAAAAGAGAGAAAAUUUUCAUCAAGUAGCAGCAAUGAAAGAACACCUAAGGCAGAAGAGGUAUUUUCAUUUCAGAUGCCCAUCAUAUCAAAUCUCUUAGAACAAUGGAGCCAGUCACAGACUGUGAAAUUGGUUGGACUACUUGCAUGUGCAUACUUGGUGAUUCCAUCAGCUGCUGCUGUUGAUGCUCUAAAAACAUGCACUUGCUUGUUGAAGGAGUGCAGGAUAGAACUUGCUAAGUGCAUUGCCAACCCGUCAUGUGCUGCAAACGUUGCUUGCCUCCAGACCUGCAAUGAUAGGCCAGAUGAAACCGAAUGCCAGAUUAAAUGCGGGGACCUGUUUGAGAACAAUGUUGUAGAUGAAUUUAAUGAGUGUGCCGUCUCGCGCAAGAAGUGUGUGCCUCAGAAAUCUGAUAUAGGGGAAUUCCCUGUCCCAUAUCCUGCUGUUUUAGUUGAAAACUUCAACAUUGCAGAUUUUACUGGGAAAUGGUUCAUAAGUAGUGGUCUAAAUCCUACCUUUGACACUUUUGACUGCCAACUACAUGAAUUCCAUACAGAAGGUGGCAAACUUGUCGGGAAUCUGUCUUGGAGAAUAAGAACACCGGAUGGUGGCUUUUUCACUCGAUCAGCUACGCAAAGAUUCGUGCAAGAUCCAAACCACCCUGGGAUUCUUUACAAUCAUGACAAUGAGUACCUUCACUAUCAAGAUGACUGGUAUAUUAUAUCAUCCAAAAUAGAAAACAAACCAGAUGAUUAUGUAUUUGUAUAUUACCGGGGUAGAAAUGAUGCAUGGGAUGGAUAUGGUGGUGCCGUUGUCUACACAAGAAGUGCAGUUUUGCCCAAAACCAUUGUACCUGAACUCGAAAGAGCAGCUCAAAAUGUAGGCCGAAACUUCAACAAAUUUAUCAGAACAGAUAAUUCUUGUGGUCCAGAGCCUCCCCUUGUAGAAAGACUUGAAAAGAAAGUAGAGGAAGGUGAGCGGACACUGAUUAGAGAAGUUGAACAGAUAGAAGGGGAGGUGGAGAAGGAGGUCGAGAAGGUUGAGAAGACCGAACAGACAUUGUUUCAGAGGUUGGCUGAAGGUUUUAAAGAGCUGCAACAAGAUGAAGAAAACUUCUUGAGAGGGCUAAGCAAAGAAGAGAUGGAACUUUUGAACGACUUGAAAAUGGAAGCCAGUGAAGUCGAGAAACUCUUCGGGGAAGCACUUCCGAUCAGGAAACUAAGAUAGAUUGUUUCACAAGUAAUUCACCACAGUUAAAUUACAUCGUUUUGUUUUAGAAACUGUAUAGCUUAUAUCUCCGUUAUUCACAUGGAGGCUCAAAUCGGUUCAAAAAAUAUUCAUUCA